GUGUCUGCCCACAAUCGCCCGUUUCUCCCUCUCGCUUGCCCUGACCUAACCCUCGUCCGCACUUCCCCGGCCACUUCGGCUUCCUGGCCUUGCCUGAUCUUCCCCGCAGAGGAACAUGUCUUCGCUUGUGGGAACUCCGGCCCACCGCCCAAACAGCAGGAAAAAAGACCGUUUCAACCUGAAGCUCAAAAAGCGGCUUCAAGACCGCUUCCAGGAUCCCUACGACGAGUUCCUCGAGUGGCUCUUGGACGUCUAUGCCGAUUCCGUGGGCCACCAGACCCCCAAGCUGGCCCUGGAUGCUGUUUUCGCUGCCCCUGCAGUCCCCGCUGCCCUGCUUGCCGCUCCUGUGGAGGACCAUGCUGCCGCUGCCGCUGCCAAUGUCACCUGCGCCGACCAUUUCGGUGAUGUCUUCAAUGCCGUUCCAGUCGCCGCCCUCGCCGCCCUCGCCGCCCUCGCCGCCGCCGCUCCCUCGCCAGACUCUCCAAAGGGCAAGCCCAAAUCCGACGUCUGGACCAUCUGGAUCUCGGACAAGCUCAAGGACAAGUUCCACGAGCUCAAGGCCCUCGGCUAUGACAAAAGGACCCACGCCGAUUUCGUUGAAAUGCUUCUGGACAAGUUUGCGCAUUUGGUGCCUGCCUCUCUCGCCGCAAAGUCCUCGCUCAAGAGCCAUACGGAGGACAGCGUCCAGCAUCCUGCAUGCGUUGCCAAGCUUCCUGUGACCAUCGCCCCCAGCCCUGCUUCGAGUGUUGCCUCUCCGUCUAGCUGCCAGCCCAUUACCACGACAGGCUAUCGACCCAUCGCCCCGGCUUCCCAAGAACACCUCCCGACUUGCUUCCAGCCCUCUGUCGAGCCUCCCCACUCGAACGGUCAGGAGGCCACUCCGGGCCCAAUGCUGACAACACUGUUUGACUCGAAGGAGAUGUACUCCAAGGAAUACGCGACCUUUUGCCCUCAGUUCGCCGAUUAUGGCUUUGCUCCAAAUAUGCUCGACUUCCAGCCAGCAUCGCUCAUCCAAACGGCCCCAGACAGCCAAAUCGUCCAUGACUUCUCGACGGGUGUCCCGGCCGAUGCGAUCAUCGCAGCGUCGCCUGUGUCUGCAGUGAUGCCCCCGUUUUCGAUCCCGGACAUCAACACCAUUUGGGCCGAGCCAACCAGACCCCAGUUCCAGCCUCAAUUCCAGCCCAUGGUGUCUGCCCCCUCCUCCGUCAACGCCAACACGGUGGACAAGGAUCAAUACGAGCGCAUCCACCAGCUGAUGCAGAAUGCCAAUGCCAACCAAACCCCGCCCGAAGAAGAGUCUCUUGCAUAUGUCCCGCCCAACAACAUCGUGUCUGGAUGUGGCCUGUUCGACUCGGCCUCGUCCGGAUAUCUCCCGACUGCCCUUGCGAGCAUGCCCAUCGCCAACAUGAGCUUGAAUGCGCCUCUGGUUCAGGCGGUCCAGCCCAUCAAUGCGCCCGGCUUUGCCAACUCUGCUCUGCCCAUCAAUAGCCAGUACUCCUUCAACAGUUUUUCCGUCGCCGAUCCUGCCAUGUUCCGUCAAACCGCAGAAAUGUCCAAUCCCACGAUGACUACCGUUGCUCAGCUUCCUUCGAGCAGUAUCCUUGGCUCGACCGCUAGUCCGUUCCUCCCGGCUUCGACCUUUGUGUCGCCCCUCUCGACCUACGAAGGAUUUUAUGACGAGAUCAUACACCAUCCUGCCAAGCGCUGCAAAACCUCUCCUUCGUUUUACUGCUCUCCGCCUUCCUCGACUCUUUCUUCGCUGCCUUGCACCGGCAUGACCCAGGCCAAUGUCCCCAAUCCUGCGGCCUCGGCGAUUCUAGCCGAUUCUUUUGUGUCCUCCACGUCCUCCACGCCCUCUGCCGCUCCCCUGCUCUACGUUGACCCCCAGAACCAGCUGGCCGACCCUGCACUCUUUGAUGGCUACUAUCCAUUUACUUUCACUGAAUCUAGUUAUUUAGGCGAUGCAACUUUUGCUGUCCAGUCUUUGCCCGCAGAGCUUGAUGGUUCCUUUGCCAACGGCCAUGGCUUCGACCCCAGCUUCCUUCCGUUUCCCUCGCGGACUCUGAGACGUACCCACAUUCUUUGUUUGUGCUUAUUAGUUUAUCCGCAAGAGCUUUGGAGGGAUCGUUGUCCCGGCAGAUAGUCAGAAUACCCGAUGACGGCGCAUCAUGCUGUCUCGGACUCU